UGCAGUUCGCUCCACUGUGGUGGCCCCGCCGCCCUGCGGGGAUCCUGGGGGUCGGCGGGCUGCUCGGACUUGGCGCGGGGCCGGCCCGGCCUAUCCCUCCCUCGGUGGGGCCUCGACGGUCGGGGCACCGGGAACAUGGAGCCCUCUCCCGCCGCCGGGGGCUCGGAGACCACUCGCCUGGUGAGCCCCCGGGACCGCGGUGGCGCCGGCGGCAGCCUGCGUUUGAAGAGUCUCUUCACAGAGUCAUCAGAGCCCCUUCCUGAGGAGUCCAAACCUGUGGAGAUGCCCUUCCACCACUGCCACAGGGACCCCCUGCCGCCGCCGGGUCUCACCCCGGAGAGGCUGCAUGCACGGAAGCAGCUGUAUGCUGCCUGUGCCGUGUGCUUUGUCUUCAUGGCUGGGGAGGUGGUCGGCGGGUAUCUGGCACACAGCCUGGCCAUCAUGACCGACGCAGCCCACUUGCUGGCGGACGUGGGCAGCAUGAUGGGCAGCCUCUUCUCCCUCUGGCUCUCCACCCGUCCAGCCACCCGCACCAUGACCUUUGGCUGGCACCGUUCAGAGACUCUGGGGGCUUUGGCCUCUGUGGUCUCCCUCUGGAUGGUCACUGGCAUCCUCCUGUACCUGGCCUUCGUCCGCCUGCUGCACAGCGACUACCACAUCGAGGGGGGUGCCAUGCUGCUGACCGCCAGCAUCGCAGUCUGUGCCAACCUAUUAAUGGCCUUUGUGCUGCACCAGGCUGGGCCCCCCCACAGCCACGGAUCUAGGGGAGCAGAGUAUGCACCGCUGGAGGAGGGGCCUGAAGAGCCCCUGCCCCUGGGGAACACCAGCGUCCGGGCAGCAUUUGUGCACGUGCUGGGGGACCUCCUGCAGAGCUUUGGGGUACUGGCUGCCUCCAUCCUCAUCUACUUCAAGCCUCAGUACAAGGCAGCCGACCCCAUCAGCACCUUCCUCUUCUCCAUCUGUGCCCUUGGAUCCACGGCUCCCACCCUCCGAGAUGUUCUUCGAAUCCUCAUGGAAGGUACCCCCCGCAAUGUGGGGUUCGAACCCGUGCGGGAUACGCUGUUGUCGGUGCCAGGAGUCCGGGCUACCCAUGAGCUGCACCUGUGGGCCCUUACGCUCACUUACCACGUUGCCUCUGCACACCUGGCCAUCGACUCCACUGCUGACCCUGAAGCUGUCCUGGCUGAAGCCUCAUCCCGGCUCUACUCCCGGUUUGGAUUCUCCAGCUGCACCCUGCAGGUCGAGCAGUACCAGCCGGAGAUGGCCCAGUGCCUGCGCUGCCAGGAGCCCCCACAAGCCUGAGCCAUGGCCCUGCCCUCACCCCACUGCCAGGCCGAGGCUCAGCCCUGGACUCUCAGCAUCUGCUGCCCUGAUCACAGAGACGGGACCGAGCCAGGUCCAUACCCCUUCCUGUCUCCCUCCUUCCACCUGCCAGUUUCCCCAGCCCCAGCCCCAGCCCCAGCCCCAGUGGGCAAGACCAAAGUGUGGCGGAGAGUGAGUUGGGAGUCAGGGGAAUAGAUGUGACUAGUUCAGGGGCAGGGACUCCUGGGCCUCAGUGUGGCAGGGUGUGUUGAAGGCCUGUGGUGCCCUCUCCACAUGGUCUGGAGAGCCACGAACAUCCUUUCCCUACAGUCCAUUUGUCUGUGUGGCCGGCUGGCUGGCUGGGGGUAUCUGCCUGUCUAUGUGCUGUUCGUGUGCCU